AGGCGCUGCACGAGAUGCAGCGACAGCCUCUGGACCCCACGGUGCAGGAGAACUGCUGCGAGGCCCUGAGGACGUUAGUGGUGGACCAGGAGACCAGGUCCUUCAUUUCCAGCUUGGGAGCCAUUGACUUGGUCCUCGCCGCCAUGGAAGUGCACGGGGACUCUCCUGGCGUCCAAGGGCACUGCGCGGGCACUUUGACCCACCUGGCCGCCGGCGAGGAUGAGCGGCAGCAGAUCUUCCAGAACGGCGGCCUAGAGGUGGUAGUCAGGAGCAUGCAGGAACAUGAGAUGGCUUCACUGGUUCAGUACAAGG